GGAGGCGUGAUGACGGAGCCAGAGAGGCGGCUGUUGGGAAGCAGCCUCCGGACUCUCAGCCAUCCGCCCGGUGUCGCACCAGCGGCUGAAAAACUCCGUCCAGAGAGUUAGACCAGCAGGCAGCAGAGUGUCAGACAGAAGAGAAAAAUGGGAAGGAAGAAAAUACAAAUAUCUCGGAUUCUGGACCAGAGGAACCGACAGGUGACGUUCACCAAGCGCAAGUUCGGCCUGAUGAAGAAGGCGUACGAGCUGAGCGUGCUGUGCGACUGUGAGAUCGCCCUCAUCAUCUUCAACAGCACCAACCGCCUGUUCCAGUACGCCAGCACCGACAUGGACAAGGUGCUCCUGAAGUACACCGAGUACAGCGAGCCGCACGAGAGCCGCACCAACACGGACAUCAUGCAGACGCUGCGCAGGAAAGGUUUCGAAUGCUUGGAGCUCGACAGCGAGGAGAGCAUGCAGGCGAUGGCCGCGGAGAAGUACCCCGGAGGAGGGGAGGGCAUGGACCUGUCGCUGGCCCGCCAGCGCUUCUACGCCCCGGCCCUCCUCUCACCGGAGGCCCAGUUCCUGGUGUCUUCUGGCUGUGAGAACGGCUUCCCCAACUCCUCCGGGCCGGGCCCAGCGGGCCCCCGGCCCGCGGGCUUCAAGUCUCUGAGCUCCAGAGCCGCCAGCGGCCCCGCGGCGCCGCUCGCCCACACGGCCUUCAUGUCUCCACACUCAGGCAUCGGCUACUACAACCUAAACCGAGCUCUGGAGAUGAAGAGCCCUCCUCCUUCUCCUCUUCCUCUGAACAUGGGCACCGAGAACCUGCGGGGGGACGCCGCUAAUCAGGCCAUGGCGGCCCCGCGCGCCAACCAGAGCUCCGCGAGGGGGGUCUUGUACCAGGGCCUGCACAGCCUGGGGGGCUACGGCCUCCCGUCUCCCGGGGCCUCUGAGUACAGCCAGUCUGGUUUAUAUCAUUCUGUUAGUCUACAACGAGGAGCAGUGAACCCCUGGCAGCAAGCACAGCCUCAGGACUCCAACGGGCUGCACAUGAGCCCAGGGAUGUCCACUGGGGGGUGCUCCUUCUCCUCCCAGUCUUGCUCCUCGACCUCUCCGCAGAUGCCCUCCCUCAACCUCAGCAUCAAAUUGGAGCGCAGCUCUCCGGAGCACACGUCCUCCUCGCCCGUCUCCCCUCCUCUCCACCACCUCCGGCAGCACUCCCCGAUGAGCAACCCCGACUCGGCUCGCCGAACGCCGCCCGCCGCCCUCGGGGCCAAUGAGACGAAGGACUUUCCCAAAGCCCGCUACCCGCAGGACGAAGAGGACGGAGGGCAGCCGCUCAGGCAGCUGGAGAUAAGUGACGGGUGGCAGAGAUAGCUGAUGCUGCAGUCUUAACACCAUCUACCAUCAAUCAGCCAUCAUCGAAGCCAGUCACACACACACACACACACACAUAUAUAUAUAUAUAUAUAUAACGCAGAAGAUGGCGAGAUGGGGUCAAUUUGUGCCCGUCCUCCCAGAGAGGAAAGCCUCUCUUUGUCUCCUCACACAGAGCUGGUCUCUCCUGGGCGAAGGGGAAUCUUUUUCUCUGCAUCACUUGACUUUUUAUUUUUGUUUGGAUAGGUUUAGUUUUCUGUGUGGCAACGACAAUAUAAUAUGAAAUGGUUAUAUUUCUGCUUAUUUGCUGUAGGUUGAAAUCGUGGAUAAGCUAAGCUUUAGUUGUAUUUUUCCUUCUUUUUUUUAUUUUUUACUUUACCCCGUCAAUAAAGUUAUGUGAGUCUAUAACUUAAGACCAAACUGUUUAAAUAUCCUCUCCAAGCAUUGCAAUCAAAUGCUGCAACAGCCAAAGACAGGUGUCUCUAUUGGGUCUCAUUUGAUUUAAAUUAUAUUAAUCAUUUGAAGGGCUUUAUUUAGGAGCUGCAGAUAUUGUAGGCAUAGUUGAGCUUCACAGACAUCGUCUCAUGAUAUUUAGAAAAUGUGUGCGUCGCCGCGUAAUGAACGACUUUAAAUAUUCAUAUUUUCAUUAAAACAAAUGUUUUAUUUGAGGAAUGUUUGGUUUUCAUUAUAUCUGUAAAAGUACUCUUCACUGUAUUUAUGUUAAUUUUUUAGUUUUGCAAAUUCAACUUUUGUUCUACAAAUGUGCUCAGAAUUUGGGGUUGAAUGAAGUUCCACCUCUUGUCCACAAGGGGGCAUUUUAUUUCACAAAAUUAGGAUUUAAACUAAAGAUUGAGUCCUCACCCUGAAGACCAGCACAUCCUCACACACUCAACUCAAGUGCUGCUGUGGAAUUAUAACUUUUUCAUUAUGAUCAGUAUUCUGAUGUUUUUGGGGGUGGAGGUUUUUUAUUUUUUAAACAGAACAAAGAUUUCUAUUUGACAUUUGUUGUGAUUCCUUUGAAAUAAAAACGGUUUGCUUUGUA